UUUCUUCUCGCUCUUCUAAUAGUCUUCUAUUAUGGCUCAAACGGCAGGUCAAUUACUAGGUCAGGUCGUUCCAGUUUGCCAAUGGAUCCCGCAAAAUACACCUAAUACAACUUCGACAAUACCUGCUUACCCACGAUUUCCAGACAACGUGAGGGAAUGGAUCGGAUUCUUUCGAACUGUUAGACUUGUUGGUACGCAAUUUCCCCUUCCGGGAGUUGAAGGAAAUGCAAAAAGUCGUUUACGAGAAAAUGUUUUAUUGCCUGUCGAAGCAGUAUUACUACAAGGAGCAAUAUUUGAUGAGACACCCGCCGGAUUUUUGGGCUCUUCUGAUCAUGUUCUAUGCACUAAUAAUUCCACAGUGGCCAAGAUGCCGGUAGAAAUGAAAACGCGCCACAAUCUUGAUUUACGCGGUUAUAAUUUCUGGGAUAUUUAUCGAUAUAACGACCGGCGUGGAAUAAUGGAUCCAAAUUUUAUUAGUGACCAGCGUCGAAGAUUCGAUCCAAAUUUUAGAUUCAAGAAACGUAUCCUAUCGCAGAUAUUUGGUGAAAUGGCCUGUAAUGGCCUCCAUUAUGGAAUUUUAUCAAAUUAUAGCGAUACAUAUUUUCUCAAGCGAGAAGAAACAAAUCCAACCACCAUUUAUAUUUCCCAUGUUGUUCAACCCACUGAUACUAAUCCGACUUUACGCGAAUGCGUUUGCUAUAUCAGCCAACUUGCCAUUAAUGAUAAUGUUGGUAAUAGAUUGGGACGUGUAGAGCUUGACAGUUAUUCAUAUAAUGAUGAUGAUGAUGAUGAUGACUCUAGUUACCAUGAUCCUGAUGAUUAUGACGACCCAUAUUACGACCCUGAUGAUGACUCUGAUGGCUCUGAUGAUGAUGGUGAUGAUUAUACUGGUUUAAGGAAGAGGAAGAGAACAUCAAAAAGCAGUAGUAAACCAAUUGCGAGUUCAUCCAAGGGAAUUACUACUGUAGAUAAGUACAUAGGUGGCGGAUCAUUUGGUAAAGUUUUUUCUGGAUAUUAUGAUAAUCAAGAUGUAGCAUGGAAGACUUGUGAUGCAUAUAAGAAGCAAGAGGCGAUGAAAACGCUAAAGCAUGAAGCUCAUAUAUAUUCUAUUUUGAAAGAAUGUCAAGGUCGUGAUAUUCCACGUUUGUUCUACAACGGUUACAUUUAUGACGGAUAUCUUUUUGCGUUAGCGUUACAAUUAAUUGAGAGCGCCCAUCACGUUGAUCCGGAAAGACUCACUAAAGAGGAAAAAAAGUUAAUAGUCAAUCAGCUAAAGUCAAUACAUAAUUGUGGCGUACUACACAAUGAUAUCUCAGAAAAAAAUAUUCUAUAUGAACCAAAGAGUCGCCAUUACUUUUUAAUUGAUUUUGGCUUAAGUGAGGUCGUGGGUAGUGAGUCGCCGAAAUUGCGCCAGGAAGAAAGAAGAUUAAAAAAAUUUUUAAAACUUUAAAUAUUUGGACGCAUAGGACUAUACCGCAUUAUCGCACUAGAUGAAGAAUAAAUGAAUUUUUAUUAUUGCAAGCUACAAUAUAUAUAUUACUUUCAU